AUGCCAUGGAAUACUCAUGCAAGUGGCACGCAAGAUCCGCCCGAGGUGCGUAACUGGCGCAUACACAUGAUUGCAUUGGUGGCCUCGAUGUCUGCUCUUGCGAUGGGCUACGAUACAGCUGUGAUUGGAGGUACCAUGGCACUGAAGUCAUUCAUUCGAGACUUUGGAUGGGAAAACGUAUCCAAGUCCACGCGCGACACGAUCCAGGCCAAUAUCGUAUCGACGUUUCAAGCCGGGUGCUUUUUCGGUGCUUUGUUGACGUUCCCGAUAGCUGAGAAGAUUGGGCGCAAAAGAACCGUGAUGAUAGCCGGCCUGGUGUUUCUGCUCGGUGCGGUUCUUCAGACUGCUGCGCAGGGCAAUCUCAAUCUGAUUUACAGCGGAAGAGCUAUCGCAGGCUUGGGUAUCGGCGCGUCGUCGCUCACGGUUCCUGUCUACAUUGCUGAAGUUGCACCUCCGUCGAUCCGAGGGAGACUUGUUGGUAUCUUCGAGAUUGCCUCACAAGGUGGCGGCAUGCUGGGGUUCUGGAUCAACUACGCGACGGACCAAACCGUCGAUGUCAACAGCAAGGCGCAAUGGAUCAUUCCCUUGUCGUUACAAUUAGUACCCGGCAUGUUGCUAGUCGCGGGCAUGUUCUGGUGUCCAGAAUCGCCGCGCUGGCUCGCUCGAGGCGACAACUUCGAUGCCGCUGAGAAGAUCCUGACCACGGUACGUAGCCUACCCUCUUCGCACCCCUACAUCCAGCACGAAAUGGGUGAAAUCCGUGCACAAGUCGAAGAGCGCAGCACAAACCACUUGAGCAAGUCAGCACAAUUCAGAAAGCUGUUCCAGAAGGGCACCCGCAAUCGUAUGGGUAUUGGUCUAGCCUUGAUGCUGAUGCAGUCGUUUACGGGAGUCAACAUAAUCACGUAUUAUGCUCCCCGCAUCUUCGAGACUCUUGGUAUCUCCGGUACUUCGCUGAAACUCUUUUCCACCGGUUUCUACGGUAUCGCGAAAACCCUUGGAAUGAUCACUUUCACAAUCAUCAUCGUUGAAAAAGUCGGACGCCGUAAAGGCCUCAUCUGGGGUGCUGCUCUUGGUUGUAUACCCAUGUGGUAUAUCGGUGGUUACGUUAUGCGCGCAGACCCUGCCGCAGCUGCUGCUCGAGGAGACAUCAGCCGUGAUGGGUGGGGCUAUCUCGCGAUGGUCUGCGUUUAUGUUAACGCUUUCAUCAUCUGUGCAACCUGGCAGGGUAUCACCUGGACCUACGCGUCUGAGAUCUUCCCACUGGAUAUUCGCAUGCUCUGUGUAUCCCUCACAACUGCAGACACCUGGCUGGGCUCGUUCAUCAUUGCGCGCAGCACGCCGUACAUGAUAUCCGACCUGGGGUACGGAGCCUAUUUCUUCUUUGCGUCGGUUCUCCUGUUGAUGGGGGUUUGGGCGUUCUUGUUUGUGCCGGAGACGAAGGGUGUGAGUUUGGAGGAGAUGGACGCACUCUUUUCAAGACCGAUGCAUCAAGUUGUGUGGGCACAAAUCAGGAAGAAACCUUUGCCAUUGGAUGAGGCUGAGGCGGAAAGAAAGAAGAGUUUGAGAUCGAGCAGUAUGGAGAAAGAGAUUGGUUAUGAGCAUGCUGAGGUCGAACACAAAAGGCAGAUUUAG